AUGCCGGGCACAGAGGGCAACGUGCCGAUGACGGUGACGAGGCCACACGUCACGACUCCGAGUACUGCGAAGGCCAGCCACGAUCGUCGGAAGCAGCCGGCAAACUUCGCGUGUCCUGUACCUGGAUGCGGAAGCACAUUCACGAGGCAUUUCAACCUGAAGGGUCACCUGCGCUCACACGCGGAGGAGAAGCCUUAUCAGUGCAAGUGGCCGGGAUGUGGAAAGGGCUUCGCGCGCCAGCACGACUGCAAGCGGCACGAGCAGCUGCAUCUCAACAUUCGCCCGUACCCCUGCGAAGGCUGCAAGAAAAACUUUGCCCGGAUGGAUGCGCUGAACCGUCACCUGCGCUCAGAAGGUGGCGCAGAAUGUCGCAAGAUCCAGGAGGAGCUCAGUCCCGGUUCGACCGCGCACCUCGACGCCCCGCCGACCGCGGCAUCAUCUUCGGACAGUGGUCCUGAGAGCUCGGCACCGCCGUCCGGGGCAGACGUCAAGCCCGACCCAGAUGGCUGGGGCAACGGCGGGAUGAUGAUGUAG